AGGCUCCAGUGCGAACAGUUCUUUUUUAGCCGCGGAGCCAGUAAGACGUGUUUUCUGCCCUCUUUCUUUGAGUCUGCGACACGUUUUAAGUGCUCUUCCCCAAUUGACAACAACAGCAAAGUAACAUAAAAAAAAAUCAAAACCAGAACCAUCGUGACGAAAGUUGUUUGUGUUUUUAAAUCAGUUCUGAACACGAAAAGGCUUGAUGAAAAAUGCAAAAGAAUCCGAAAAACUAACCAAUCGACCGAAAACUUGACUUGAGUGUUGCUUGACAAAUCAAGAAAACCAAAAACAAAUCAUAACAAAAAACUGCACGAAAAGAUGCAAAAGUUUCUGAUAUUCAAAAUCUUGCACAAGAAAUACAAAAUCAAUUAAAGUGAACUCUAACUGAAAGUUGAACGAAGGAGAAAAGAAAAACAAACCAGAGAAGAACAAUCAGAAGAAGAGCGAAGUGCAAACAAAGAGCAGGAAGGAAGGAAGCGGAUAAGGACAAAAAGGAAGCCAGCGCACACACACACACACUCACAAUGGCCGUGCCCUUUUAUUUGCCCGAGGGCGGCGCCGAUGACGUAGCCUCGAGUUCAUCGGGAGCCUCGGGCAACUCCUCCCCCCACAACCACCCACACCCGCACCCACUCCCCUCCAGCGCCUCGUCCACCACCUCCUCCUCGGGCGUGUCCUCCGCCUCUUCGGCCUCGUCCUCGUCCUCCGCCUCCUCGUCAUCCGCAUCCUCGUCCUCGGACGGGGCCAGCAGCGCCGCCUCGCAGUCGCCGAACACCACCACCUCGUCGGCCACGCAGACGCCGAUGCAGUCGCCACUGCCCACCGACCAGGUGCUCUACGCCCUCUACGAGUGGGUCAGGAUCUACCAGAGCCAGCAGAGCGCCCCUCAAAUCUUCCAGUAUCCGCCGCCGCCGAGCCCCUCUUGCAAUUUCACGGGCGGCGAUGUGUUCUUCCCCCACGGCCACCAGAACUCGAACUCGAAUCCGCACCCGCGCACCCCCCGCACCAGCGUGACCUUCUCCUCCGGCGAGGAGUACAACUUCUUCCGGCAGCAGCAGCCGCAGCCACAUCCGCCGUAUCCGGCGCCAUCGACACCGCAGCCAAUGCCACCGCAGUCAGCGCCGGCGAUGCACUGCAGCCACAGCUAUCCACAGCAGUCGGCGCACAUGAUGCCGCACCACUCCGCCCCCUUCGGGAUGGGCGGUCCCUAUUACGCCGCCUACACGCCGCCACCCACCCCGAACACGGCCAGUGCGGGCACCUCCACCUCGUCGGCGGCCUUCGGCUGGCACGGCCACAUCCACAGCCCCCUCUCAUCGACGUCGACGCCCCUGUCGGCGCCAGUGGCGCCCAAGAUGCGCCUGCAGCGCAGCCAGUCGGAUGCGGCCAGACGCAAGCGAUUGACCUCGACGGGCGAGGAUGAGCGCGAGUACCAGAGCGAUCAUGAGGCCAGUUGGGACGAGUUCGAUCGCUACGACAACUUUACGGCCGGUCGGGAGCGUCUGCAGGAGUUCAAUGGACGCAUCCCGCCCCGGAAGAAGAAGAGCUCCAAUAGCCACUGUGGCGGCGAUAAUAACCCAGUCUGCCAAAACAACAGCCAGCCCCGUGACCAUAGUGCAUCCUCCCAUGCGGAGAGUGGUGGAACCAAUGGCCACAUCAGUCAGCAGCGACAGGUGGAGCGGGAGCGACAAAAGGCGAAGGCCGAGAAGAAGAAACCACAGAGCUUCACCUGGCCAACUGUUGUGACCGUUUUCGUUUUGGCCAUGGGCUGUGGCUUCUUUGCGGCGCGAUGAAACCGCGGGAGACGUGUAAUCGAAUGAUCUAUAGUUAAAUCAGCUAGCACUUAAGAUAUAUGCCGAUCUAUACAUAGAUAUAGCUAUAGCUAAACCGUAAAUAAGUUCAACGAAUUUAUUGAACUGCAAGGCCGCAAGCAGAAAGUCAUUAAUUCGUAAACGAAUUGUUAUAUACACACACAGCCAACAUAAGAUUAAGAAGGUUGACGGGACACAAGAACAAUAUAUUCUAUCUGUCUAUGGUAACUGCAUUUGUAUUUCUAAAUCGAAACGAAACAGAACUUUCCUCAAAGUGAACAAUUAAUACUGCUCAAAGUAAUGAAAACUCUUAGACUGGCAAGAGACUCAAAUCACACUUAUUUUUUUUGCAUAUGCAUAUUUUUGUACACACUUUUGAGAGAUAUUUACAAAUUACAAAAAAAAGAAAAGUACAAAAAAACAAGAGAUACGCAAAAGAAAACUGCCACUUUUUGAGAUACUUUUGAUAAUCUUUGAUUCGCAUUUAAUCAAUUCCACACUUGCAUUUUCGUAAGCAACAUACAAAAUUAUUUCUAUUGUAGAACAAAAUAAACUGCAAUUUAAAUGUCUUCGCAUUUGCAAUUCCGAAUUGCAAGCAAAACAAAAAGUAUAUUUUAAAUAUGUUUAACUAGUAGAAUUUUUUAAAUGUAAGUCCACAAGAAAAUCACACACCUAGCUUUAAUUGUUAAAACAAAAA